AUGCCAAUAACCUGGACCCCCGAAGCAGACGUAAAGCUCUUCAUCGGCGUGCUCAACCAAUGCAGAGAUGUCAAUUUCAAGCCCGAUUGUGAGAAACUAGCCGCGCAUAUGGGGCCUGAUGUGACUGCCUGCGCAAUCAACAACCGCAUCAUUCGUCUUAGGCGGAUGGUUGCGAAAGAAGACGGGGGUUCGGCGGCGAGGACUCCUGCUGCGUCGCCGGCUAAGUCGAAGUCUACUACGCCUAAGGGGAGGGGGAAGGGGAAGGGGGCUGGGGUGGUAAAGACGCCUAGUAAGGUUGCGAAGAGGGAGGUUAAGCGAGAGUAUGAGAGUGAGGACGAGGAGGAUGAUAAUAUGGCAGUGCAGGUGGUCAUCAAUGUCAAGAAGGAGGAAAUGGAUGAGCAAUAG